AACGCAGGCACCUUGCUGGUUAUCAAAGCACAAAAGCAACAGAGAAGAACUGGAGGGGUAGAAGGACUUCCAGAGGCCAAAACAAAAAGUAAAAUAGCAUCUGAUUAAUUUUUCUCUGCUGCUUUCGAAUGUAUUGGUGGUAGGAACUGAAAACUAUGCCGGCGGAGAAAUGAUCGAAGCUGGAACAUUAACUACUGAAAGCUAGCUGACGUUUGAAUUUCUCCCUAAAGUUUACGGUGGUUGGCUAGCUGGCUAGCUAGCUAUCAUACCUACCUCCACGGCGCUGGCCUCUUCAGCUCUGCAGGGCCCUGUCUACACCGUCGUCCCACGCAUGUCCAGCCGUGCCCAAGAAAGAUGGUGUCGUGGAUGAUAUCAAGAGGUGUUGUGCUCGUCUUCGGCACCCUCUACCCGGCCUACAACUCCUACAAGGCUGUGAAGACGAAGAACGUCAGGGAAUAUGUACGUUGGAUGAUGUACUGGAUCGUUUUUGCUCUCUACACCGUGGUGGAGACCAUCGCUGACCUGACCGUAUCCUGGUUUCCGUUGUAUUAUGAGCUGAAGAUUGCCUUUGUGAUAUGGCUGUUGUCUCCCUACACCAGAGGAGCCAGCCUCAUCUACAGGAAGGUCCUGCACCCACUGCUCUCCUCCAGAGAAAGGGAGAUCGACGACUACAUUGUCCAAGCCAAAGAGCGCAGCUAUGAGACCAUGGUGAACUUCGGCAAGCAGGGCCUAAGUAUAGCAGCCACAGCAGCUGUCUCUGCAGCUGUCAAGGGCCAGGGCGCCAUCACUGAGAAACUGCGGAGCUUCAGCAUGGCCGACCUGUCUCAGAUCUCCCAGGGAGACCAGACCGACUACGUUAACCGACGGGGACUCACCCAGCAAGACGGAGAAGGUUCUCGCUCCAAAGGCCCGCUUACACGCAGCCAAAGCACUCCAGGUCUGUCUAGCCUGCCUCGUCUGUGUGUGUGUAGGGGGAGAUGUGUGUGUAGGGGGAGAUGUGUGUGUAGGGGUAGGUGGGUGUGUAACUGUAGCGUAGUCUGUGUCAUCUUCUGCCGUCUGUGCCGCGCCAAGUCGCUUCGGACCGCUCUGCCGCGCCGCAGCCGUCAUAAAGAGGCGGUGCUCGCAAAUGUCAGCGCCGCAAACACACCGCGCCAGGAAGGUCGUCUGCUGAGCCUGUGA